AUGCCACCUACCAAGCGCUCCCUCUCCAUGUCCGAGGACGAAGACCUCAAGCCCAAGCUCGAGUCGGACGGCAACUUCCAGCCCUCCACUGCGAAGUCCACCAAGAAGCCCGCUACUGGCGUCACGCGUACGGCGUGGACGGGAGAAGAGUACAACCUCAUCUUCGCGCACGUCACCAAGCACGGUGCACGCGACUUUGAGGGUGUGGUUCCUGGUCGCAACCUCAACCAGAUCCGUAAGGCUUGGGUCCAGGUCGUUCAGCCUACAUGCAAGAAGGCGCUUGACGAGAAGGCUGCCAGCAACAAGAAGUAG